AUGGACUACACCACCGCCGCCUUCGCCGCGUCGCCGUCCCCGCGCCUGUUCACCACCCCCUCGCGCCUGUCCUGCUCGUGCCUAAUGCCGUCUUCGUUCAGCGGGCGCAGCCUCCCAGCGCUCCCGCUGCGCUCGCGCGCGCGCAUGCUGCGCAUGCAGGCGACGGACCCAGAGCCACCGCAGCCGCCUGCGGGAGAACAGGCCGAGGGCUCGGAGCCCGACCCGACCACGUCCGCCACAGAAAUUCUCGACACCCUGCGCGCGGAGGCCGCCGCAGAUGACACCCCAUCCGAGCGCUCCAUGCUCGGUGUGUAUCGCGACGUCGAUGGGAAGAGCAACGUUUGGGCCGUCGAGCCAGAGGAGAAGACGGAUACCGGACCUCAAAUUUCGAAGACUACCAUCAUUGUCGCUUCUGCCAUCUUCAUUGUCGUUGCCUUGCUCGUGCUCCCGUUGCUCCCGUUUACAAACCCCGAUCAGAUCUGA